AUGUUGGAUGAACGGGGGUCGCACACCUUGGCCGCCGUGCAGGGGGUGCUGUGUCUUCCCCCCAAGCCAAAAGCAGGGAAGAAGUCUCGGGCGGUCACUGUGGUGACAGCCCUGUUGAUCACCAGUGACGAGUGGCAGGAAGCAGUGCGGCAGCAAGAGGAGGAAGAGAAGCGGAAGAAAGCGGAGGAGGCAAAGCGUGGGGGCGGUAGCACAAAAGCGGCGGCGUCCGCUCGAGCAAAGGAGGCAAAAGCCGAUAGAGCCGAAGCGACGAGAUUGAGAAAAGCGGAGGCGGCUGCAAAGAAGCAACGGGAGGCCGCGCGGAAGGAGCAAGCUCGGGCAGCCAAGGUUGCAUUAGGAGGGGGCAAGCGAAAGAAACUGCCACCGAGGGGGGGGAAGGAGGUUGAUGACAACAUGAAAGAGGGGGAGGGUCCCUUGAGGGACUUGUUGUAUGGAGGGGUUGGGUCGCCAGCUCCCGCGGCGACGAUUGUGUCGGAUGAAAUUGUGUGUCAGCCAAAGGCCUUGACGGAGGUCCAUAAGGCAGCUAGGGCUAUUAAUCUCGCUAGGCUGAAGCGAAAGCGUCUUGCAUCUCGUUGA